AUGUAUAUCAAACAGCUCAUCAUCCAGGGCUUCAAAAGCUACAAGGACCAGACGGUCAUGGAGCCUUUUUCGCCCGGUGUCAAUGUCAUUGUCGGCCGCAAUGGAUCUGGAAAAAGCAACUUCUUCGCCGCGAUCCGGUUCGUCCUCGGUGAUGCCUACACCCAACUCAGUCGUGAGGAACGCCAAAGCCUGCUCCACGAAGGUUCCGGAUCUGCCGUCAUGUCCGCAUAUGUCGAGAUUAUUUUUGACAACAGCGAUGGCCGAUUUACAGACAGAGGCAAGGAGGUCUCCCUUCGACGGACCAUCGGCCUGAAGCGCGACGAAUACUCUGUUGACAAGAAGGUCAUGACCCGUUCCGACAUCAACAGCAUGCUCGACACUGCUGGAUUCUCAUUGAAGAAUUCGUACUACAUCGUGCCGCAGGGCCGAGUCACGGCGUUGACCAAUAUGAAGGAGUCAGAUCGGCUCAAGCUGUUGAAGGAGGUUGCUGGAACAGAGAGCUAUGAAAACCGGAGAGCCGAGUCGCUCAAGAUCAUGGCCGAGACGAACAGCAAGCGAGGCAAGAUUGAUGAGCUUCUUGACUACAUCAAGAGCCGCAUGAGUGAACUUGAGGAGGAGAAGGAAGAGUUGCGCGGUUUCCAAGAAAAAGACAGGGAGCGCCGAUGCUUGGAGUACGCGUACUACAAUCAGCAACAAAUGGCCUUCCAGGAGGCGUUGGCCGAGAUUGAAGACUCUCGGCAAGGGGCUAGCGAUAGCGAGAACCAAAAGCUGUUCAUGGACGGCGAAAAAGCCCUUUCCAAGAUGGAGCAUACACUACAGGAGCUCCAGCAGUCGCUUGAGCUGCUCAGUCUUGAACGACAGCAACUUGAGGACGACCGUCGCGAGACUGCACGCGCCAGAGCCAAGGCCGAAUUGAAGGUCAAGAGUCUUGCGGACAGCCAGUCUGCUCGCGAUCAAGCUCGCCAGCAACAUGAUGCCGAAUUAGCCGCAGUGCGUGCUGAAAUCGCUGACAAGGAAAACCAACUUCGUCAACUUGAGCCCGAGUACCAGGUGCGUAGGGAGAGGGAGCUGAAGAUUAAACAGGCCUUCGACCUGGCCGAGGCUGGCCGGUUACGGCUUUUGAACAAGCAGACUCGCGGGUCUCAGUUUAAGAACAAGGCUCAGCGAGAUGAAUGGCUGGGGAGAGAGAUUGAGGACAUCAACAUGAAUCUCAGUGGGCAAAAGGCCAACCUGAUGUCUGCCGAAGAAGAUGUUACGGAAUUGAGCAAGCUGAUCCAGUCGCUGGAAGCCGAGAUCUCGAUGCUGCGACAGAGCCUCGAAGGCUAUGGCGGAGACCGCGGUGCUCUACGCGACCAGGUCUCUGAAGCGCAGGACCGCCUGGAAAAGCUGCAAGAAGAACGCAAGGUGCUACGCCGAGAGGAUGACAAGCUUGACUCAAUCUCCUCCAAUGCUCGGCAAGAGCGCGACAGAGCGGAGCGCGACAUGUCGCGAAAUGCGAUGGACCACCAGACCGCUCGAGGUCUUGCCACUAUUCGUAGGCUCAAGCAGGAGAGGGACAUCCCUGGAGCCUAUGGCACGCUUGCCGAGCUCAUGGACGUACCCGAGAACUUUCGCGUCCCCGUCGAGCAAGUCGCGGGUGGCAGCCUCUUCCACUACGUUGUCGAUAACGCCGACACUGGAACCAUGUUGGCCAAGGAGCUUAACAAGCUCCAGGGUGGCCGGAUUACCUUCAUGCCCCUUGCUCAACUCCGCACGAGGCACGUGAAUCUACCGCGUGCAAACGAUGCUAUUCCCGUCGUUAGCAAGAUCAACUACGACCCCCUGUACGAGAAGGCAUUCCAGCAUGUCUUUGGCCGGACGAUCAUCUGCCCCAAUCUCAUGAUUGCCAGUCAAUAUGCAAGUCGUCACAACAUCGAUGCUAUUACCCUCGAAGGUGACACGGCAAACAAGCGGGGUGCCAUGACCGGUGGUUACAUCGAUCCCCGCAAGUCAAAGCUGGAAGCAGUCCGCACAGUCAACAAGUGGCGCGAGGAAUACGAACGUCUGCACUCUCAGGCCGAGGACAUAAGGACACAGAUCGGCAUCAAGGACCAGGAAAUCACCCAUGCGAUGGGCGAGGUGCGGAAGCUUGAGCAACAAUUGCGACAGGUCGACGAUGGGUUCGAGCCUCUCAGGGCCGAGCACCGAAACAAGUCGGCACAGCUCGAGCGAGAGCGUGACCGGCUCGACGAAGCGAUUCGUCGCCGGGAUUCGAUCAAUGAUACCAUGGAGCGCUACUCGUCAAUCCUCGGAUCCUUGGAGACUGAGCGAAACAACGACUUCAAGAAGGCUCUGAGUGCUCAGGAGGAAGAGCAGCUACAAAGCUUCAGCAAGCAAGUGCAGGAUCUGCAGAAGCAAUUCAACGACGCCAACGCUCGGCGCAGCGAGAUCGAAGGCCGCAAGAGGGUCAUUGAGGUGGACCUGCGGCAGAACUUGAGAUUGAAGGAAGAUCAGCUCACGAGCCAAGUGUUCGAGACGUCUUCGUCAGCCGGCGGCGACGACAGCUACUCCGAUGCCCAAAAGGAGCUCAAGAAGAUCCAGAAGAGGACUGACAGCAUUUCUCAGAAGCUCCGUAAGGUCGAGGCUGAGAUAGAAAAGCAAAACACGCAGAUCUCGAGCUUGCUGUCGCGCAAGGCCGACAAGGAGCAGGAACAACAGGAGCUGGCGAGAGCUGUUGAGAAGCAGAAGAAGAGGAUGGAGAAGGGCCUGCAGCGAAAGGCUCUCCUCACGCAACAGCUCGCCGAGACAGCCAAGAACAUCCGUGAUCUUGGUGUCCUGCCCGAUGAGGCUUUUGACAAGUACCAAAACAUGGAUGCUGCCAAGAUUUCAAAGAAGCUCAAGACUGUCAACGAGUCUCUGAAGAAGUUCAAGCAUGUCAACAAGAAGGCCUUUGAGCAGUACAACAACUUCACCACGCAGCAGGAGCAGCUGCUGAAGCGCCGGAAGGAGCUUGACUCGUCUCAGUCCUCGAUUGAGGAACUUGUGGCCCAUCUCGACCGUGUCAAGGAUGAGUCCAUUGAGCGCACAUUCAAACAGAUCUCCAAGGAGUUUGCCAGGAUCUUUGAGCGACUGGUCCCCGCGGGCAAGGGCCGACUCGUCAUCCAGCGGAGGCACGAUCGCCGUGGCGCCGACCCUGUCGAUGAUGAAGAGGAGCGCGGGGGCUCGGUGGAGAACUACUACGGUGUGGGCAUCUCCGUCUCCUUCAACUCCAAGGAGUAUGACGAGCAGCAGAAGGUGCAGCAGCUCAGUGGUGGACAGAAGAGUCUGUGCGCAUUGUGCCUCAUCUUUGCCAUUCAGCAGACUGAUCCCAGUCCCAUGGUCGUCUUCGACGAGGUCGAUGCCAAUCUUGAUGCGCAGUACCGAACGGCCGUCGCCGGACUCUUAGAGUCCAUCUCGGAGGAGGCCGGGACGCAAUUCAUCUGCACGACCUUCAGACCCGAGAUUGUCCAUGUAGCCGACAAGUGCUAUGGUGUCACAUUCACCAACAAGACCAGCUCCAUCGACUGCGUGCCAACCGAGGCGGCGUUGAGCUUCGUCGAGGGCCAGAAGCGUUGA